CCCAGCCUGUGUUGAUGGGCGACAUGGAAAAGUGACUAACUUAUUAUUUAAAUAAAAAAUGAUUAGUAUAAUAACAACAUAAACAAUGUCGAUGGACGAAAACGAAUUCUUCAAGCAGACCGUGCAACAUCUGGCCCGUUGUCUGUCCAACAUACAGCCGACACCAUGGGAAAAAGUAAACACCCUGUUCAUGCUAUGCCCGCAAGCAAGCUCAACACUCGUAGUUACAACCCGGAGCAUGGAGGCCUGCAUAGCCCUAGGGCUGUACUACUUGCAGAGCGGCAUGCAGCACCAGGAUAAGCUGCAUCCGUACUUCCUGAAGGUGCUGAAGUGUCUCACUACGGCUCAGUUUGAGGAGUCGGUGUGCCGGAUAAAGAGUGGUGACCGUAUCCCCAUGUCAGAGAAGUUCAGCUUCUGCCUGAACACGCUCCUGUCCGACGUGGCCACGAAACAGCCGCCGCUGCGCGAGGAGAUCAUCACGGCGCAGAUCGAGCUGAUGGCGAGCCUCACGCAGGUCAUCCUGGACUGUCAUCAGACCAGGGACUAUAGCGGAUCGGUGUCCAAACUGCAACUGUGCAAGGGGACUAUACCUGUGCUUAUAGGUCUCGCGAGAUCCAUGGGCCGGUUCGCCACCAUCGACCCCCCUCUCCUCUGCCGCCUGUUUCCCCAACCGCCCAGCCCAGUCAAAAACAAGGAACCCGAACCCAACUUCGAAUACUCCACGCUAGACAAAAAGAGGAAAUUCAACCAAUUCCGACCGAUCAUACCCAGAUCUCUAUCAGGAAAUUUAAAUCCAGUAGAGCAUAUUAUGGAAAACGGGAACGAUACUGUAGACGGCGGCGUAAAAAGGGGAUCUCUUAACAGCUACCAUUCCGUCCCCUACGACCCUACGACUUACUUUUUCCACAAGUUCGGGUCUAGCUUCAACCAGUUCCCAUACAUGAGGUUCUCCGAGUCUCCAGAGAGGAGGAUAAAUGUGCAGUUCUACGUGAGAUAUUUGCAGAACAUUCUGUCGUAUGCGAAGAAGUUGCUGACCAAAGAGUUGCUGGCGUUUUUGGAUGAGGAGGCCGAUGAUAUUUACGCGGCUGGGCAAAUACAGGUUUUCCCGUACAAGUCGUUCUCCGAGACGCUGAACCUAGUUAUGGUGACGUUGCUGAGAGAGAUACUACAGCACCAGAAAGAUCUACCCGGACCAUUCACCAAAGAUGUGCAAGAAUUCGUGAAAUGCCUGUUCCUGAGCGGUCAAACAGAGCUGCAGUCGCGCCACCACGACGCCUCCGAGAAGGAAGACAGAGAAAGUAACUUCGCCACCGUCAACAAGUUCAAGGUCAACGUCAUGGCGAACUCGGCGUGCGUCGAUCUACUCGUGUGGGCCAUUGGCGAUGAGACAGUGGAUGAGGAGUGUGGAGUGCCGGCGCUUAUAAACGCUCUAACCAUAUUAAUAGGAGCCGAUUCCUUGUGUGGCCGUCUCACUGAGAAAAUAAACUCGAAUCACAAUCAUAAAUUGAUACUGGCGCAUAUGCCUCUCCUCAUGGUCUGUCUUGAAGGCCUCGGUAAACUAGCAACGAAAUUCCCCACGAUAGCGAACACUUCUAUAUACUGCCUGAGGGACUUCCUCGUCACUCCCUCGCCGAUAUUAUUUAAACUACACAAGCUAGAGUUAGAAAAGACUGGAAAGGAACACAUGAAAGUUACAUUACAAGGUAAAGAGCUGCAAGGCAUGACGGAGAACGGGGUUCCGGUCAAAUCUACGCCAUUCGAGAAACUUCGGGACGCGGCCAUAGAGAAUCUUUGCGUGGCCUUAGAGGCUGCGCUUACUGUGGACCCCUUCUGUGUGCCUGCGCUCGUGGGCUCCGUUAGUAACAGACUCUUCACAGCUGAAACUAGUGACAGUGAAUCAUCGUUGAUAAGCACCAACAUAGUGAUAAUGCUGGGCCACGUGGCAGUGGCCUUGAAAGACACGCCGAAGACUACGGACACGGUUCUGCAGUUUUUCCAACAGAGAUUAUGCCGCGCCCCAUCGUCUCUGGACACCCUGAUAGUGGACCAGCUGGGCUGCAUGGCGCUGGCCAGCCCCGCGGGCCCCGCGCACGACGAGAUCAUGCGCAUGUUCACCGUCAUCACGGUAGAGGCCGCCUCCGCCGCCUACCACCACACCGACGACCGCAAGCAGUACAGACACGUCUCCGGUGCCGUCCUCAACGCGCUAGCGAACAUCGCGGCGAACGUUCGCGGCACGAGCGCCCGUCUCGAGCUGCUCACUCGUCUACUCGAACUGUUCGUGCAACUGGGGUUGGGUGGCGAGCGCGCUACGGACCGAUCGCCUGCACCCGUGCUAAAGAGCUCAGGCAGCGCGGGGAACCUUGGUGUGCUCAUACCUGUCAUAGCGGUAUUAGUGAAGAGACUGCCCCCCAUAAAGAAUCCGAAGCCCCGUCUACACAAGCUCUUCCGCGACUAUUGGCUCUACUGCGUAGUGAUGGGAUUCACCGCGGCAGAAUCACGGUUAUGGCCGCAAGAAUGGUACGCCGGUGUAAAAGAGAUAGCAGUAAAAUCUCCCUGCUUGGUCUCACAAACUUCACUCCGGUCCGACCUGCGCGAGCUUCAGUACACUUCAGCUGUCAGAAACGAUUCUGUAUCAGUGACAGAGCUUCAGGAGUUGAAGACGCAGAUCCUGAACCUUUUGGACCAUCCGCAAGAUGUAUCGGUGAUAGUCGGCAAACUUACGUUCGCGCCGUGCAUGUAUCUACUCAGUGUGUACUGGCUUGAAACUUUGAGGGUGACCAACUCUCCGGAGCCCAGUCUACAGCCGAUCAUCGAGUAUCUGAGCGACAUAGCCCUGCAAAAGGACAAGAGUAUGAUGUGGCAAUGCGUCGCCAGUGUCGGCGACAAAGUAUUCCUCAAAUUCCUGGACGUGAUGUCAGAGAAGGUGAAGGACGAGUCUCGAGAGCGCGAGCUCGAGAGCCACGCUCAGUUCCUACUGGUCAACUUCAACCACAUACAUAAGCAGAUACGGCGGGUUGCCGACAAGUGGUUGGCCGGACUUGUGGAUAGAUUCCCGCAUCUGCUGUGGAACUGUAGGGUCCUCUGGUCCAUGUUGGACAUCCUGCAAGUCCUGAGCUACAGCUUGGAGUUAGACCCCAAUGAGGAGACGCCGCUGCUCAAGGUGCCUGGCACUGACUUCACUCUGCAGCUACAGGAUACCUUGGAAGGUAGAGAGGGAAUAGUGAAAGAUUUCGCCGAUCGCUGCCACGGCAUAGUUCAGGAGGCGAUGAAAUGGGCGCCGCAGUCCACACGCUCGCAUCUUCAGGAGUACCUGAAUCAGGUCCCGAACUCAACGCUGUGGCACCACGUAGGGCUGGCGCUCGCGACUGGGGCACUCUUAGGUGCGGCGGGACUCAACCGCGCAUCGGCCCCUCUAUCCCGUGCCGCUCUAGACAAGCGUCCCUCCUGUGUCACGCAGGAUUCAGCGGCAUUGCUCGCUGUGGUGUCACAGAGGAGUCGAUAUGCCGGUGAAGUGGCCGGAGCCGUGGCAGCGGAAGGCGGCGGCGAAGCUGCCUUAUGGCGCGUGGGCGCUCGCCUCCACACCGCACUGAAAGACGCAUGUAGCAGCGAGAGCGAGACAGCGCAUCGUGCGGCACUGUGGCGUGCUACAGCGCUGCUGGUACACGCGCGACAUCACGCCACGCAGGAUGGUACUGCACGCGCGCUGUUACAUUCAGUGGCAUGGUCCCAAGUGGACAUAUUCACCGAAGACGCCGUGACCUCCGCCGUGGAGUGCUGGCAGUGGCUGGCCACGGCCCGGCCGGAGCUGGAGCUGCGGCUCCUGCAGGAAAUGUUCGCAGCGUGGCAGUGCACCGUCGACCGCCGCAUGGGGCUGUUCUCUCCGCAAACUGAGGAGACCAGCCCGCUGGCUGCCUAUGAGGGGUCCAAACUAGAACCUCGACCACCGUUCGUGGCGCCGCACGCAGUGUGGGUGCGGUACUUCUGCGAGCUGGCAGAAACUGCCAAGUACAAUAGCCACGAGAAGGUCGAGAUGCUUGCCAGCAUGCUCCAUAGAUCGUUGCCAUUGGCCGUUGGAGAUGUUCGGGACAAUAUAAACAGACACGUGGAAGCCGUGGGUGUCAGGUUCAAACUAUUAUCCUGUGGCCUAUCACUCCUACAAGGCGACAUUCUACCCCGCUCUCUCGCCCGAAACAUCUUAAGAGAGCGCGUAUACAGCGCGUGUCUAGACUACUUCUGUCGCGGUCUGCAGUGUCCCAGCAAAACGUCCUGUGCUUUGAGAGAGGACAUUAUAUCGCUCAUCAAGUUUUGGCAGCUGAUGCAUUCCGAUAAGAAGUAUUUGAAAAGCAGUGAUAUUGGUGAGUGUGAUUUCGACCAGCUAGGCCCGAGCAGUCAACAAAGUAUCUACACGUCCAUCUCCCCUACUGACGCGCGUUCGUCAGUCAACAGCAGCGACAUGGGCAACCGGCAGACCACCGGCUGGAUCAACACGGUCCCGAUGUCAACGACCACGCUCAGCAGCGGAGCCGGCAGCAUCGCCGGCAAGCGGUCGAACAGAAGCGUGAAGCCACCAGCCAAGUCUCAGGACACGUUCGUGAAGGAUUACGUUAGGAGGAGGAACCUUAUUCUGGAACUUAUGGCCGUAGAAAUAGAGUUCCUGGUGACGUGGCACAACCCGCACGGGCGCCCGGAGCAGGCCGUCCCCGGCGAGGACAACAUCGCCACGUGGCGCUCCAAGCCGAACACCGAGCGCACGUGGCGCGACUACGCCAAGCUGGCGUGGGACAUCAGCCCCACGCUGGCCGUGUUCCUGCCGGAGAGGUUCAAUAACGAGGGCAUCGUUGCCGAAAUGCGACGCAAAGUGCAGGCCCAGCCGACCGCUGUCUGCCACAUCCCCCAGGCCCUGAAAUACCUGGUCACAACGGAGACUCUACUCAACGACGCGCAUGAGCUCGUCCACAUGGUGACGUGGGCGCGCGUGACCCCCGUGGAGGCGCUGUCGUACUUCAGCCGGCAGUACCCGCCGCACCCGCUGUCCGCGCAGGCCGCCGUGUCCGCGCUCACGUCCUACCCCUCCUCCGCCGUGCUGCUCUACAUCCCGCAGCUGGUGCAGGCGCUGCGCCACGACACGAUGGGCUACGUGUCGGAGCUGAUAAAGUCCCUCGCGCGCAAGUCGCAGGUGGUCGCGCACCAGCUCAUAUGGAACAUGCACACCAACAUGUACACCGAUGAAGAGAUGCAUAACAAAGAUCCUGUCCUCUACGACACACUGGAAGCGUUGACAAAGAAUAUAGUGGACACACUCUCAGGGCCGGCCAAAGCGUUCUACGAACGAGAAUUCGACUUCUUCGGGCAGAUCACGAACAUCUCCGGAAUUAUCCGACCGUACCCGAAGGGGGCAGAGAGGAAACGAGCGUGCCUUGAGGCCUUGAAGAAUAUCAAGGUCCAGCCGGGGUGUUACUUGCCGUCCAAUCCAGACUCGAUGGUCUUAGACAUCGACUAUAAGAGCGGUACUCCGAUGCAGAGCGCAGCGAAGGCGCCGUACCUUGCGCGGUUCCGCGUCCGCAAGUACGGCAUCGCCGAUAUGGAGGCGGUUGCGAUGGCCAUCGCGGCCGGCGAGGACCCGCCUGCUGAGGAGGGUAAAGACCGCUUCACCUCCAUGGUAGCGGAAACCUGGCAGGCGGCCAUCUUCAAAGUGGGCGAUGACGUCAGACAGGACAUGUUGGCGCUGCAAGUGAUCUCGCUGUUCAAGAACGUGUUCCAACAAGUCGGGCUCGACCUGUACCUGUUCCCGUACAAGGUGGUGGCCACGGCGCCAGGGUGUGGUGUGAUAGAGUGUGUGCCCAACGCGAAGUCGAGAGACCAGCUCGGCAGGCAGACGGACAUCGGCAUGUACGAGUACUUCAUUAAGAAGUAUGGCGACGAGACCACUAGGGAAUUCCAGGCGGCCAGGAGGUGUUUCGUGACGUCAAUGGCGGCGUACAGCGUCAUCGGCUUCCUACUGCAGAUCAAGGAUCGCCACAACGGCAACAUCAUGCUGGACACAGACGGACACAUCAUACAUAUAGAUUUCGGGUUCAUGUUUGAAUCGUCCCCGGGCGGCAACUUGGGCUUCGAGCCCGACAUCAAGCUGACGGACGAGAUGGUGAUGGUGAUGGGUGGCAAGAUGGAGGCGCCCCCCUUCCGGUGGUUCGGCGAACUGUGCGUGCAGGCCUUCCUCGCCGUGCGACCAUACCAAGAGGCAAUAAUAUCCAUGGUGUCCCUCAUGCUGGACACCGGGCUGCCCUGCUUCCGCGGGCAGACCAUCCGCCUCCUCCGCUCCCGCUUCGCGCCCAACUCCACAGAGAAGGAGGCAGCGGCCUUCAUGCUGUCCGUAAUAAGGAACUCCUUCCUCAACUUCAGGACCCGGACGUAUGACAUGAUACAGUAUUAUCAAAACCAGAUUCCGUAUUAAUUUGUAAAGGUAAGGGAUAAAACUAGAUUGAAGACCAGAGGACACCGGCUAUGUGCGAUAAAAUGAAGCCAUUAUAUCCAUGGUUUUGUGAUACUCGCGUGUCACAUGCAAAACAGAGACCAAACAUCCUGAUCGCGUAAAUACAUCCUGGUGAAACAAAACACAUCCUGGUCACGGCACCAAAUUGUAACACGUAAAUGACAAUCCCUUAUGCUGGACACCGGGCUGCCCUGCUUCCGCGGGCAGACCAUCCGCCUCCUCCGCUCCCGCUUUGCCCAACUCAGAGAAGGAGGAGUCGGCUUCCAUGCUGUCCGUAAUAAGGAACUCCUUCCUCAACUUCAGGACCCGGACGUAUGACAUGAUACAGUAUUAUCAGAACCAGAUUCCGUAUUAAUUUGUAAAGGUAAUGGAAAAAACUAGAUUGAAGGCCCGAGGA